AUGAAGUUCACUACCUCAAUCACUCUGGCCUCCGUCCUGGCUGCUGCCCAGGUUGGCAGUGCUGUGCCCCAUGUUCCUCACCACCCCCACCAUCACCCGCACGAGGGCUCUCUGCCUAGCAACUCUGGUCUGCCCAGCGGUCUCCCCAGCGGUCUGCCCAGUAGCAGCAUUGCUAUCCCCAGCUCGUCUGUUGCUGUCAGACCUUCCAAGUCGAUUUCCAUCUCGGUUCCUUCUAUGAGCCCGUCUGGUUCGAAGACCCCGUCCAGCUCGAUCCCAUACUCGACUGUUUCGGUGUCAAUUCCUACGAUCACCCGAACCAUUGGUCCUGACGGCUCUAUAAUCCCCGGCUCCACCGCUCUUCCCAGCUCGUCUGCUAUUCCUAGCUUUUCUGGCAUUCCCAGCUCGUCUCAUGUUCGUAGCUCGACUCGCGUCCCCAUCUCAACUGUCGUUCCCACCUCCACCGGUCUGCCCUCGUCGGUGAUCAGCACUCAAAAGAUGACCACUUCUACCAUCUACACCACUUCCGAGGUGACCAUCACCAAGUGCGCUGCCACCGUUACCAACUGCCCUGCCGAGUCGACCACCGUUGUCACCUCGACUAUCCCAGUGACCACCACUGUCUGCCCGGUCACUGAGACUGAGUCCGAGUCUGCCACUCCCAGCGCUACCUCUGCCCAGGAUUCCACCACCACCGAGGAGAUCUACAUCACCACGACUAUCUGCCCCGUGACCGAGACCAUGACUUCAGGAUCCAGCACUUUCACUUCGACCUAUAGCACUGUCUCCACCGUUACAGUGACUCCUACUCCUUCCAUCGUUACCGAGGAGAUCUACACCACCACAACUAUCUGCCCCGUCACCGAAACUAUGACGUCUGGAUCCAGCACUUUCACUACGACCUACAGCACCGUCUCCACCAUGACCGUGACUCCUGCUCGCUCCACCAGCUCUGUGGUUAUCACCCUGACCCCGGCCGAGUCUGCCACUACCAGCAAGACCAUCCCCACCGGUCCUGCUACUAGCUCCGUCAUCCCCAGCGGUACUCCCUCCGGAAAGCCCAGUGGUUCUCACUCCGUUGUCCCCAGCAGCACCCGUCCCGCUGGAAAGAGCAGCACCCCCAUCCUUACUGUUGGUGCUUCGUCGACCAUGCAGAGCAGUGUGCAGCCUACCUCGGUCCCCACCACUACUUCUGCUUCCUCACCGAGCCAGACUCCUGCCUUUAACGCCGCCGUUUCGGUUAGCGCGUCGUCGGGUCUCUGGAUGGCUGUGACUGCGGUUCUGUCUCUGCUUUUCUUGUAA